GGAACAGCUUUCCGGGCGUGCGCAGUCCACCCGGCGACGGCGAUUCUAUCCCAGCAGUGGGGCCUGCGGCUGCGGAGAUGGGCGCCGCUACUGCUGAAGCGGAUCGGACUCUUUUUGUGGGCAAUCUCGACAUUAAAGUGACGGAGGAGCUGCUCUUCGAGCUUUUCCACCAGGCAGGUCCUGUAAUAAAAGUUAAAAUUCCAAAGGAUAAAGAUGGUAAACCAAAGCAGUUUGCAUUUGUGAAUUUCAAACAUGAAGAAUCUGUUCCUUAUGGAAUGAAUCUACUUAAUGGAAUAAAACUUUUUGGAAGGCCCAUCAAAAUUCAGUUCAGAUCAGGAAGUAGUCAUGCUUCUCAGGAGGUUAGUUCAUCAUAUUCCCAGCAUAAUCUUGGGAAUGCAAGUCCAUCUAGCAUACCACAGUCCACUUCAGCUUCUAGCAGAUAUGAAAGGAAUAUGGAUAACAUGACAUCUGGAUAUAAUUCUGCACAAAUGCUACAGAGGUCUUUCUCAUCUCCAGAUAAUCUUCAAAGACAAGCUGUGAUGAACAACGUUCUGUGGCAGCAGCAGGGUUCAUUCAGUGGGAAGUUUGUACCUCAGCACUUGGAUCAGCCUAAUUUUACACCCUCAGGGCAGCAGCAUGGUCAUUCGUUCAACCUCUCUUCAAGCUCCCAGUGGUGCCAAGAUACACCAAUGUCACAGAGAAAAACCAGGCAGAACUCCCAUCCCUACCAGUCAGAUAGGCUGUAUAGCCGUGAGCAACGUUAUGGGGAUCAUGGAUCUGACCAUCAUUAUAGAGGGAACAGAGAUGAUUCAUACUAUGAAGAUAGGAUCCAUGAUGGUUGGAGCCAUGACUAUGAUAGCAGAAGAGAAAACAGUAGAGAUGGGAAAUGGCGCCCAUCUCGGCACUAAUAAGUAUUGAGACGAACUUUAAAAAAUGCGUCAGAUUAGACUCUUGGCAAUGUUGAUGUGGAAAUGACUUCUUUGAAAAAACUGUAGAAAACAGCUCUGAAAGUUGUUACAUUUCCUUUUUAAAAUUUUUUAAACUUAACUGCAGUAUAAUACAGAGAGAAAAAAAAAUAGUGGUUCCAGUUUUAUUAAUAGCCUUUUCACCUCAGGGUUUUAUGAAGAGGAAAGGUGUUUUGUUUUUUUUUUUGUUUUUUUUUG